AUGAUAAUAAUUAUUAUUAUUUUACUUCUAUUAUUAUAUCAUAUAUGGAAUAAGAACAAGAAUUAUAUUAUUAAUUUUUAUUACAUAAAUUCUUUUAUAUGUUUUAAUAAAACGAAAAAAUAUAGAGACGUAAAAAAAGAAUUAGGAGAAUACGAUAAAUAUUACAGUGAUAAUUAA